ACUCACUAUGCGUCAGAUCAAUGAUCUUCACUUCUGGCCAAAGCGUCAAUUUAUUUACACGAAUUCUCCGCGAGUCAAACGGACUAUAAUUCAGUUUGUCCAGAGUAUUAUAAGAAAAAAAAAAAUAAAGAAAAAAAUAGUACCAACAUUGCGACGAGAAAAUACCCUAGAGCGCUUACUACACAAAGUUCGUCGAUUACAGAGAUUGCUGUUGUUCUGUUACGUGUAAGUGCGACGAUGAAUCGCUAAAGGUAGUCAGGAUUUGUGAUAUCGGUAGGAAUAAAUACGGGAAGCAUGUGUUGCAAGUGAUCGAAGGCGUCGUUUUGCUUAAUGAUAUGAUCAUCGCCUCGAAAUCCAGCAAAAGUUUGUCGUGGUGCUGUUUUAACAGCUGAUCAACGGACAAUCGGACAAAACCUUUCGUUCUAGUCAAUCGAAUAUCCGCGGAGGAACGAUGGCCGGGUUCGUAUUGAGAGUUAAGACGAAAUCAGGUCAAAAGGUCGUGAACGGAUUAAUCCCUCAGGACAAGGUGUCCGAAUUGAAGUCGAAGCUCGCGGAGAUAACGGAAAUACCAGUGGACGCGCUUCACAUUCUCAGUGGUUUUCCACCGAAGGCGAUUAAUCUUAACAAAGAGAAGGCCACGAUCGAGGAGAGUGGCAUCGUCUCGGGCGAUACUUUGAUCGUAGAGGAGAAGCCACCUCAAUAUAACGGGGAACAAAAAUCGGAAGAUAUAGGACGGUCUCAUAUCGUAAACGAAGAGAAUUUCGUCGAUACGCCUGGUGUAUUGAUGAAGAAAGUUGUGCCUGCUGAUAACUCUUGCUUGUUUACGAGUGUCGGCUAUGUACUCAAUGGUAAGGUUGAUCCCAGUUGCGCAAGUUUUAUGAGGGAGAUUAUAGCCAAUGCUGUAGCAGCCGAUCCUGAAGAAUAUUGUGAAGCUGUUCUGGGUCGACCUAACCCUGAAUAUUGUAAAUGGAUUUUGAAGUCUGAUUCCUGGGGAGGAGCUAUAGAAUUAUCCAUAUUAUCCAAAUUCUAUGGACUAGAGAUAGCAGUAAUCGAUAGUAUUAAUGCCAUAAUCAACAGAUUUGGAGAAGAUCAACAUUAUGCUCAAAGAGUUUUUUUAAUAUUCGAUGGAAUUCACUAUGAUCCUUUAUAUUUAGAACCUUUGGAUGGUGGUAGUAUUCAAACAAUCUUUUCUACAGAUGAUGAGAGGAUAUUACUAGAAGCUGCAGAACUUGCAAGAGAAGCAAAGUCUAGUCGUCAAUUCACAGAUGUUCAAAAAUUCACGUUAAUGUGCAAUGAUUGUAAGGUUAAAUUAAAUGGGCAAAUAGCUGCUCAAAAACAUGCUAAAGAAACCGGGCAUAUGAAUUUCGGAGAAGUAGCCGCGUAGCAAAAUAAAUCUACCCUCUGCCAAUUAUCGAUUACUUUCAAUCGGUCUGCUGUUUGAGAAUCCUACUAAAUUCAAGUCUCAAGCAGAAUUUUCUAUGUUAAACGAGGCUUGUAAACGAACUAGCUAUACAAUAUGGAUACAUUAUUGUUGAGAGAAGUUAUACAUGGUGCACUAUGAGGAUUGUUUAGACAUUUAAUAUACACAGGUUUUUAAUUUUGACUAAAGAUCCCAUUUCCGACAUUCUUGUAUGCACAAUUUAACACGUUCUAUGUCAUUGCCUCAAAAAUUAUUGUUAUUAGAUAUAAUGUUACUUUAAAUUUGCGAAAUGUGCUUGUAAAGAUUAAACAAAUAUACUAGAAGUAACACCGUACUACUAAUUACCUCUUUAGCAAGAUUAAGAAUCUGUGAUAUUCGAUUACAUUUGCCUAAACGGAAUUCAUAGCCUUUAUUGGCAGUGAAUGUGUUCCACGCCAUAUAGAAAUAAAUUUUUAAAUUUAUCGUAAAGUGAAAUGCAUAUUUUCGCUUUUAACAGCAAAUAAAUUUAGCACUGUUAAUAGCAAAUUUUAUAUCGAUAAACUACUGUUCCCAAAAAAAAAAAAAAGAAAAGAAUAACUAUUAACAUCACAAGUAACAUCACACUUUUAUCAAUAAAAUGUUACUCAAUGAAAAUUACAAAGGGUUAUCUUAAAAGUUUGAUCUCUAUGCUAUAAUAGUUUAAUUUAUGGUCCAAAUAUGUACAUGAUAGUAAUUAAACCAUAAAAGUGUAUAAUUAAAUAAAAAUUAACUACUAAACCUAUAUUAUAUACGUAAUAUUAGAGCAUAGUAAUUAUUUUGUUACUGCGAUUUUUACUUGAUUCAACCAGCACUAUGAAAAUAUACGAGUUCCGAUAAAACGACAAAUUUGAUUUUUGUAAUAAAGUAUAAUAUUUAUUAGAAAUGUAUCGAUCUAAUACGAUCCUUUUCUCCACAAGAAUACACAGAGUACAACAACGUUAUGAAAUUGCCUCUAAUUAAUUCGUUAUGAAAUUAUUAAAACUGGAUGAAAGAAAUUAGCUUGUUACUCAGGAACUACUAGUAACAGUAUCUCACAUAUUCAUAUUUACAAAAUAGUAGAGUGCAUUUUGUAAGUUUCAUCCUUUCGAUAAAGUGAAAUAAAUAAGUUAUUUACA